ACUGUCUAUGACGUGCAAAAGAAAUUAGAACUACUUCUCAUUUUGCAAGUUAAAACCCUCUAUUCCCUGGACUAUUUUGUCUUCCCUACCUAUCGUCCAGGUCACGCAUCCGUAUAGAGCUGUAAUCCAUCCAUCACCAAAUGCUAAUUAUAUUUAUAUUCAAGUACCAAUCUAAUCUAGUCUCCCCGCGCACCUUUUGCUUGAAUGAUUUCAUCAGCAAACAGACAUUGGGUUUCAUUAUGAGACGUAGUCAACAAUUUAGUAGUAUUCUUACAUUAAAGCAUUUUGUUCUUCUAUCUAUUAGCAAAUUUUAACCCCCACGUAUGCAGGAUUUUCGUUACCACUUGCAAAACUAUUUUAAUGUUAAAAUCUCCGAUUACUGUAAUAUAUGCAUCAUAAAACGUAAUUAAACGAUAGAUUGUGAUAUUUUUAACUGUACAUUGAAAUUGUUAAUUGAUGGCUAUACACACGUUUUGUAAGAUAUCAGGUACGGCAGUAUUACUCCAUUUGUGUUUACAUUUGUUCAUCAUUAAUAUUAUAUUAUUUAUACAUAUUUAUAAUCUAUUUAUAUUUACUAAUGUCUCUUUGUACAUAUCUACACUGUUAUUGUGUGUUAUCUAGGGAUAUACAUAUUCAUUGAGCAUUGUUAGUUUGAACAUGGUUAAUUGUCCUCUGGCAUUAAAGUUGUUAUUGUGAAUUAAAAUACUUGGUCUGUGAAAAUUUGGAGACCUCGGUGUUGCUCCUUGUUUUUUUGUUGAUAAAGUGCAGUGCACUUCAACCUGCCACAUCGAUAACUAACUAUUCAUUUGUAAGAGAGAUCGCCUUAUACAGCUAUGCAUCCUUACGUUUUUGCAUACAUUUUGUCUGCGAUAGCCCUUGUCGACAGUGCUAGAAUAUUAGGUGUUUUUCCGUUCCCUACACAUAGCCACUACCAAUUAGGCGAUGCAAUUUUUAAAGAAUUGGCGAGAACAGGCCACAAUGUCACAGUCAUAUCGCCUUUUAAAGAAACGGAAGCAAUAAAAAACUUCAAACAGAUUCUGCUGGAUGGCUUAGCCGAACACGCCGCAGAAAUGCAAAACAACCUAUUUGUGCAAACAGACUAUAGCAUCUUUCAAAAAGUGGAGUGGCUGGACACCUUGGGAAUCGAUUUUACUGCACUCGCGUUAAAGAAUAGUAAUGUGCAGAAAUUCAUUCGUGAGAACCAUCACUUCGAUUUAGUUAUUGUUGAAAAUUUCUACAACGAAGCAUUACUCGGGUUUUGCCACCACUUUCAAGCGUUGUGUAUUGGGGUUAGUUCACUUUUUUCACCAUAUUGGUUUAACGGCAAAAUGGGCAGUCCUGCUCCCCCAUCAUAUGUGCCUCACUUUUUGGUGGCCUAUACGAGCAAAAUGAGCUUCUGGCAAAGAUUUUAUAAUACAAUAGUUUAUGUGAUAUCAGAAGUUUCAAGAUCCCUCUACGGCUAUCGCAAUCAAAAUCGUCUACUGCAAACAUACUUUCCGAAAGCUCCCCACUUGGACGAACUAUAUUACAAUAUCUCGCUAAUGUUAUACAGUGGCCACGUUAGCAUAAGCGAAGCGGUACCAAAUUUGCCAAAUACAAUUGACGUUGCUGGACACCACGUUAAGCCACCGAAGAAACUUCCUCAAGAUUUACAAGAAUACCUAGACAGUGCCACUGAUGGUGUUAUACUUUUUAGUAUGGGAUCUAAUUUAAAAGUCAAAGAUUUUCCAAACGACACCAUGAACGCAUUUGUAACCGUUUUUUCAGAGUUACCACAAAAAGUCAUAUGGAAAUAUGAAUCCGAGGAUUUUCCCAACCGCCCAUGCAACGUAUUAGCCCGUCCAUGGUUACCACAGAACGAUAUACUUGCCCACCCAAAUGUGGUUCUUUUCAUUACACAUGGCGGACUACUGGGUACCAUCGAAGCAGUGUACCAUGGAAAACCAAUCUUUGGCUUACCGGUAUUUUCUGAUCAGUACAUCAACGCGGCCAGGGCAAAACAGUUUGGUUACGGGAGGUACAUUCCAUUUGGCGAAGUUAAUGAGAAUAACCUACGCGACGAGUUACGCGAAAUAUUAUAUAAUCCAAAGUAUUCUGUAAAUGCGAAAAAGAGGUCGAGCAUUAUGCAUGACCAACCACUACCGCCGUUAGAAAGGGCAAUAUUUUGGAUCGAAUACGUUCUACGCCAUAACGGGGCACCCCAUCUCAGGUGUUCCGCCUUGGAUUUAGCAUGGUACCAGUAUUUCCUGGUGGAUGUCGUGGGGGCGUGUGUCGCACUUUUGGUAGCGACUAUUGGUAUAAUUAUCGUUUUAUAUAGAAAAAUAUGCCACUGUGCAUGUAAACUCAGUAUUACGAAAAUUAAGAAAAUGUAAUUACGGUCGUCAUUAUUUAUAGUUAUAACAACAAACAAAUACUUAUCUUCUGUAGAUUACAUUAUUUGGACUUAAAAAUACUAUUUAAUUUUAUCAUUUA